AUGGCCAAACUCAAAAGCGGCCCAGGCCGGCGCGGUCCGUCCACGCCGGCGGACCUCCAGCUGGGCCGGGACGGUCACCGCCCUCACGCCGCCGCUGCCGCCGCCGCCGACCCGACGUCGCCGCCCGACACGCCCAUGGCGUCGCCAGGGCUGGCCCGCAAGAGCCCGCUCCAGCAGGCCGCCUUUUACCGCUUCUCGCGGCCGCUGGCCCAGGACCCCAACAUCAAGCCCGUCGGCAACGGCCACCAGUUUAGCUACCGGCCCAGGGUCGGCCCGCCGCAGCUGAGCCCCCGGUCGUCGGCCUCGUCGUCGACGUCGGACGAGGAUGAGGAUGAGGAUGGGGACGGGGACUCGGUCGUGGGGUUGGCUGAGCGGGGCAUGCCCGUCGACGCCGAUGCCGCGUCCCCGGACGGCUCGGAUGCGGACGAUGCCGACGGCGACGACUCGGACGAGCCGGCGCGGCGGCGGUCGGGCGGCAGGGCGCACUCGCACUCGGCGUCGGCCUCGUCAAGCUCGGCCACCGAUGCGCACGCCCGCGGGACGGUGCACGUCUCGCGCAUCACGGUCGAGUGCGACUUCACCAUCGAGGACAUUGACCCCAUGGACAGCGGCUGCGAGGGGCUCGACGUGCUGCGCCCGACCGAGGUCGAGUCGAGCCGCAGCCGGUCGCGGUCCCGCCACAAGGACCUCGACAGGGGCAUGAUGCACAACCUGCGCAACCUGCACUGCAGCAACGAGGCGUCGGACGAGGAGGAGGAGGAGGAGGAGGAGGAGGAGGAGGAGGAGGAGGAGGAGGAGGAGGAGGAGGAGGAGGAGGAGGCCAGCGCGCCCGAGGACGACGAAGAGGCCUUUUACCAGCGGCGGCAGGAGCUGCGGCGGUUCCGGCGCGUGAGCAUGUCGAGCAGCUUCGGCAAGCGGACGCACAGCGAGCUGAGCGGCGACGACUCGGACAACGACGGCGAGGGCGCGCUCGACGACGCAAACGACGUGGGCUCCAGCGCGCGGCGCAUGCGCAAGCGGCUGCACCGCGGGAGCCUGCUGUUCCAGGACCCGCCCGAGCCGCGCAUCGACGAGCUCGACGAGCCCGACUCGAGCGAGGACGAGUACGUGACGGUCAACUCGCUGGCGCGGGAGCUGCCGUACUAUACCAUGGAGAUUAUGGAGGUUGAGUCGAGCUGA